AUGGUUCAUAAUUGGUGCAAUUGCGUGCCUAAUAGUGCUAAUACUGAGUUUGACGCUGGGGCUGUAUUACGGACUCAAAAAGGCAAUGUCCUCGAGAGCAAUAUCUAUGAGUAUCUCGGUAUACGCUAUGCAAAAGCCCCAACCGGCGAUCUUCGAUGGAAAGCACCGCAGGAACCCGAGUCCACAACCGGAACACUAAAGGCUCAAGAGUACGCCCCUUACUGCCCGGGAGUCAACGACGGUCUCAGCUCGCGCAUCGACGAAGACUGUCUAUUCGCCAACAUAUGGACUCCUGCAAAUGCAACCUCUGACUCAAAACUCCCCGUCAUGGUCUUCUUCCAAUCAGGUGGCUACAUUAGGAACGCUUCUCCAUACGUGAACGGCACACGGCUCAUCUCGGCCUCAAACAACAACAUCAUCUUUGUAAACUUCAACUACCGUGUUGGCAUGUUUGGUUUCCUCGCUUCCAAAGAGGUCAAAGAAGAUGGCGACUUCAACGCAGGAUUGUUGGACCAGAGGUUCCUCCUCAGCUGGAUCCAGAAACACAUCGAGGUGUUUGGCGGUGAUCCUGAGCAUGUUAUCCUCCAUGGUGAAUCUGCCGGUGCCGGAUCUGUGGCCCUUCAGCUCGUUGCCUACGGUGGAAAAGACGAGGGUCUUUUUGCUGGUGCCAUUGCUGAGUCGACAUUCAUGCCUGGUCUCCCUAGCCCUGACGAUCUACAGUAUCAGUUCGAUCGAGUUGCCAACGCCACAGACUGUGCUGAUGCCGACGACGCAUUGAAGUGCCUCCGUGGAAUCAAGUCGCCGGACCUUCAAACCCACAACGAAAAGGCUCCUUUCGAUGGCCGCACUUAUCGAUCUUACUUCUACUGGGCACCCACUACUGAUGGUGACAUGUUUUCAGACUUGCCUUCUAAGCUCUACGAGAAGGGCGAAUUUGUCAAGGUGCCACUACUGUCUGGCUCUUGUACAAAUGAGGGAUCCAACUAUGCCGUCAACGCAGGCAGCUCAGCCCAGUUCAUACGCUACAUGCAGAAUGAAUACCCCUAUUUGACCACAGAUGACACCGAGACUAUUCUCGACCUCUACCCACAAGAGCCCAAGAUCGCAAAACACGAUACUUGGUUCCCCUCAGCCUCGCGUGCAUACGGCGAAGCAACUUUCAUCUGCCCAACAAACAACAUCCUCAACGCCUUCGCUGAGCACGCCGACCCCAAGACCCUCUGGUCCUAUCGCUAUAAUGUUGCCAUUGAAGAGUUCACAAACGACGGCUAUGGCGUUCCUCAUGUCUCCAAUGCGCCCGCCGUCUUUGGCCCUGAUAUGACAGCUGCCAAAGCUGGCCCCAGCUAUCGCACUUACAACGCGCCCAUGGUCCCCAUCGUCCAGAACUACUGGAUCAGUUUUGUCCGUAGCUUCGACCCAAACACUCACCGUGACGAGGAUGCUCCUCGAUGGGAGAAUUGGGGCGAUGACCAGCGACGUCUAGUUUUUGAAUUGAACAACAACACCAUGGAGAGUGUGAACAAGGGUCAACGGGAGCGAUGCGAGGCUUGGUUAGAUAUGAGUGGUUCUACCAAGCAGUAA